AUGCGCCCGCGACUCCUCCUCCCCCGCGGGGAACUGGCCCGGCCAUGCUCCCCGGCGAUACACUCGACGACCACCCGAUUCUUUACACAGAGCGCAUCCGUCCGUGUGGGAACUCGAACAAGACCCCAACUCGGCUUCCUCAACGUGCCCGUAACCACUCAACAAUACCGCUACCUGACGACCGAGCGCAAGGCGAGACUCAAGCAGGACAUCAAGCAGGGAAUUAAGAUCACCUCAUACCUCUGGAUGGCUGGCGCAUGCUGUUUUGCCAUCGCAUUCGCCCUUGUCCAAGAGACACUCGAAGCCCGCUAUCCGACACCACACGAAUGGAGCAUGCUAAGUCGAAUCUUCUUCCGCGGGGCCUUCUGUGAACGAGACCAGACCGACCCGUCCCGCACAACCGACUGGGUUCAUGUCACGAAUUGGAUCAAGAGCGUGGUAGACAGAUUGGAGGAUCCCGGCAUUGACGGCAAGGGACUGAAGGAUGCGCCGUCCGACCGACCAAAAGGCACCAGGGACAUCAGCACCAUGUCCGAGAAUUGGCGACGGGGAUACUACGAAGCCAUGAUGUUGUACGCAAAGGCCGCCGAAAAUGUCGAGAACUGGGUGACCGACAAGACCCAAAACCUCACCGUCCCGAACGACUACGUGAUCGGUCCCUCCAACCCCAACCCGCGUCCCUUCCCUAACGAGAACUACCGACCACCCCAAGAGGAUGACUGCGUACCGACCUUCGAGUCGCCAAACGAGAUCUACAUGCGCAUCCUCUCCACCGAAGGCCUCACCAACCGCCAGCGCAUUGAAGCCGGCCUCGCCUACGCCACCUGGCUCGAAUUCAAGCAGAUCACCGGACCCGCCAACAUCAUCCUCGAAAAUGCCGUCGACCUCGCUGCGUCCGAGCAAGCCUCGCUCACCGGUGGCCAAGCCCCACUAGACACCAAAACUUACACCCUCGUCAACGACACCGCCGGCGCCGGCCACCAUCAUCCCUCCUCCAACCUCCUACAAUCGCUCACCGCCCUCGCCACCUUCCGUGCCCGUAACGGCGACGUCUCCUCCGCGCUUCCCAUGCUCGUCUCCAUCCUCCAAGCGCGCAAGACUCUCCCCUCCACGGACCCGCGUCGUAUCCCUUCCUUACCACAAAAGAGACAAACCUGGGCCGGCGCCGCUCUAGCUCUCCUCAAGGAACCACCAUACCCGGACCCGCCCGAGGACGGCACCCUCCCCCCUUUGCGCGACGCCAAGGAACGCUGUGAAGAGGCCGCGCUAAGUUUGCAUAUCGGCGAGAUCAUGUACACUGCCAAGUCCAACACAUCGGGGGCCGCUCAUCACCGCGAGGAAGGCCUAGGCUGGACCCGUGAAGCAGUCGACAUAGCCGAGGAGCAACUCCGCGGGCUAAGCAACAAGUCCUCCGCCAUGUCCGCCCGCUUAACCUGCCGCGAGUGUUUGGCUGCAGGACUAGAAAACUGGACGAUGAUGGUUUCGAGGCUGGCGAGGGAGGAGAAGGCGCGCAAAGAAGAGUUGGAAAAGAAUCCGGACCUUUUGAACCCGAAAAAGACGAGUUGGUGGAGUUUCUGGGGACAAGGGGAACAUAAGCAGGAGGAUCUGAAUCGGUGGGCGGCGGAGGAGAAGGUUAUUGCGGAGAGGCAACGGAGGGCGGCGGAUCUGCUGGAGGAGUUGCCGACGGGAAAUCGGGGGUUUUUGUCCUUUUUGCAGGCUUAA